AUGGACAGGAAACCAAUCCGAAUGCUAGGAACCCGGCUCAAGCGGACGCGAUCGCGGGACGAACAAUCGAAUGUCAAGCGUGCUCGUCUGAUGGAUGCCUUUGGGCGUCUCAAUCUAGGCGAUCGAAUGGACGACGGUUCACUAUCUCGACACAACAAUGGGGGGGUUCCAGCAACAGCUCAGGACUCCUUGGAAGAUGAUCUGUUUGAGGAGAACCCCCAUCAAAUCGAUGACAGUGACUACAUGGACACUUCCAACAAAGACACAAUUUUCAUCCCUAGCAUUGAACGAUACUUGGAAGACAACCCCGAUCCCGUGGAUAUUAUCCCCAGUCAGCAAAAUGGACAGUUUCAGAUACUUCCUACAGAACCGCCAACACCAGAUAUUCUCGCCCGCAUUUCUCAGAGACACUUUCAAAAGGUGUUGGACGGUUACACACACGAGGCACUGGUGCCUUACCAGGGCGGCCCUCAGACAAUAGUGUGGGAUAAGUUCUGUCGAUGGUGGCUUGGAGAUCAGCCCAGAAGGGAUGAUACAACCAUGAGCCAACAACAGCAGUUUUACGGCCAACAGUUCCCGAAUCAGUUCCCGAAUCAGUUCCCAAAUCAGUUUGCGAAUCAGUCUUCGGACCAGUUCUCAAACCAGUUCCAAAAUCAACAGGCAGGUCUGUUCCACAAUCAACAAUCUCCAAACCAGUUUGGAUUAGAAACAUGGUCAAAUACCGGCACGAGACACCACUCAGAGGCCAUAGACAACGGAGAUAUGGAUAUGGAUGUGGAUAUGGACGAGGAUCUGCCAGGGUAUACCUUCUACGGCACCAGCGACUUUACUAGCCCAGAUACCGUGGUGGGACAGACCGAUCCGGACUAUAUGAUGGACGACGAUGCCCCCAUGGAUGGAACCAGGAGAAACUCGUUGCAUUAA